UGCGCCGGUGUGAGGAGGGAAGGGUUUGGCUGUGACGCCGAGGCCGCCAUAUUAACCGUGAGACAGCAGCAGGGAAGCGACAGCAGUGCCACUUUGAUUUGGAUAAAGACCAACUGGAGAUUAAAAUGCUGGGCUCGUAUGGGUAUACGAGGAGCCUGGAGGAGUACCAGUACUCGGGACCAACGCAACACCGUUUCUCGCCCUACACCUUCAAUGGAGGAACCGUGCUGGCUUUAGCUGGGGAAGAUUUUUCGAUUGUAGCUUCAGAUACACGACUGAGCGAGGGUUAUUCCAUUCACAGCCGUGACUCGCCCAAGUGCUACAAAUUGACGGAUCACACAGUGAUUGGAUGUACUGGAUUCCAUGGCGAUUGUCUUACACUGACAAAAAUCAUUGAUGCAAGAUUAAAGAUGUAUAAACAUUCAAAUAAUAAGACAAUGACAAGUGGAGCAAUAGCAGCAAUGCUUUCCACCAUUCUGUACUCUCGAAGGUUUUUUCCUUACUAUGUUUACAAUAUCAUCGGUGGCCUUGAUGAAGAAGGGAAGGGUGCGGUUUACAGCUUUGAUCCUGUGGGAUCCUAUCAGCGAGAUGCUUACAAAGCUGGCGGCUCGGCCAGUGCCAUGCUGCAGCCGCUUCUAGACAACCAGAUUGGUUUCAAGAACAUGGAGUCGGUAGAACAUCUUCCCCUCACGCUAGAAAAAGCAACACAGCUAAUUAAAGAUGUUUUCAUCUCUGCAGCUGAGAGAGACGUUUAUACUGGUGACUGUCUAAAGAUCUGCUUCAUUACAAAAGACGGAAUCAGAGAGGAGUCGCUGCCUCUUCGGAAGGAUUAACACCAACAGCCCUGGCCAUUCAGGAUAGCAUAGCUGAUUUUAGUAAUUCAUGUCAAUAAUGCUUCUGAGUGUACCUGCAUCUCAUCAUCCAGGCAUUUAUUUUCUAAUCCUAUUCCAUUUCUGUCCUAAUCGCAAAUUAUUAAAAGGUAUUAGUGAUAAUUA